CAAUGAACUACUUGCACUAGGGCAUGUGACGUAUUUCCGUUUCCAAAUACUACCGCUUGGACGUUUCCGGUAUGUUUGUUUAUCUAUCGGUAGCUAUGCUAAUGUCACUUCAGAAUGAGUAUAAAAAGGAAAGUAUUUAAAACAGAACAUUUUCAAAAACAGGAGAAGAAAUACUCCGAGCAUUGCUGUGUCCCACUUUGUUCGGCUUCAGCCAAAUUUAACGGCAUACUAAGUUUUCAUGGCUUUCCGACCCAUUCCGGCUUGAGAAGACAAUGGCUGGUAAACAUACGCCGGGAUCAUUUCACGAUUACCUCUCACACCAGGGUCUGCAGCAGACACUUUGCCAGUGAUCAACUCAUAGAGCCAACAACCCUUGAUGGUCGAAGGCGGCUUAUUAAAGGGGCUGUACCAACACUUUUUGAGUGGAAUGGCUAUAAAGUUGAACCACCGCGGCGUAGUGUUUGGGAGAGAACGGAGCGACGUCCUGAACUAGUUCCUCCUGACGAUCAAGAAGAGCACAGUCUUACAAGAGAUCAUGACUACUGCUCAGUCCCUGAGCCGUCUGCAUUGGACAUAUCUGCAUCAGCUGCAGAAGACCUGUCCAAAGACGUGGAGACUCUGAGGAAGGAAAUACAGGAGUUACGUGUCCAGCGAGAAUUUGGGUUACAGCGUUUUGCUGGCUCCGACACUGACAUCCGAUUCUAUACCAGAUUUCCAAGCUAUGAUCAUUUGAUGGCAUUUUGGUUUUUGAUUGAGCCUUGCAUCUAUAAAAUGAUCCGGGUUUCAAGAGCCAAGUCAGCUGCCAAUAGGAACGAAGAAGUGUUGACACCUGCACGCACAUCAACGAGGCAGCUGCUACAGCCAAUUGACGAGUUCUUUCUUUUCCUGGUUUUCCUGUCAGUUGGUUUGAAGGAGGGGGACCUGGCACACCGAUUUAACAUACACCAGUCCACAGUGAGCUGCAUUAUUGCAACAUGGACAAAUUUUCUUGCCACUGCACUGGGGUCUCAAUGCAUCUGGCUUACACGUGAAGAAGUGCAAGCUUACCUCCCUGAAGAAUUCAAAGAUUUCUCAGACACCCAGAUGAUCCUUGACUGUACAGAGCUGAGGUGUCAGACACCAUCCUCACCACUUCUCCAAAGUGAAAUGUACUCUUCAUACAAAUCCCACUGUACGAUGAAAGCCCUGGUUGGCAUAGCUCCACAUGGUCCAGUGACAUUCAUCUCUAAUCUGUAUGCUGGUUCGGUUAGUGACAAGGAACUAUUCAAACAAUCAGGCAUUGCUGAGAAGUUGACUGAAGACAUGGCAGUGAUGGUAGAUAAGGGCUUCCUAAUCACCGAUUGUUGUAAAUGCAAAGUGUACUGCCCACCUUUUCUAUCUAAGCAGAAGCAGAUGCCAGCAUACCAGGUUAAGGAGACGCAGGCCAUAGCCAGACUCAGGGUACAUGUGGAGCGAGUCAUUAGGAGGAUAAAACAGAACAAACUUUUUGAUAGCAUCAUUACCAUGUCACAUGUUUACAAUAUCAACCAACUGUUUGCAGUAGCAUGUAUGCUGUCAAAUUACCAGAACACAGCAUUAGUUAAAAAAUGGGUUAAGUGAGACAACAUGGACUUUUCCCAAGACACCAGUGCCAGUACAAGUAACUUAUGGAAAAUGACCUGCAGCUGAGGCCACUACAGUUGCAUUUCUUCCUUGACAAAACUUGAUUACAGAACUGGUACUUGAGUGCUGAUAAUUGAGUUCCAGUUAUUGAUAAUUCUAAUUCAUUGCAAAUGUUGAAUGUUAAUAAUACUGUUUAA